AGAAUAGCUACAAGGCUGGACUUCCUCGCUUUAUGAAUGUAUUAAGAAUUGUCAGCUAACUUUGAAGCGGUGCUCGUCCUGGGAGGAUUCCCCAAAGUUACAAGCAAGCUGUGUGGAAACCUGACAGCUACAGCAGCAUGGCUGCUCUGUCACUGACCUGUGGGACUAAACGCCACCUGAGACCACAGAGCAUAAGGGCACUUCUUCAGAAGACCGUCUGUGUUGGUCCCAACCAAGACACCAGACACUGCAGCUCUGGGAAGCAGCACAAGAGGAGGGUGGUGAUCACUGGCAUCGGGUUAGUGUGUCCUCUGGGCACUGGGACUGCACUACCUUGGGACCGCCUCAUCCAAGGCCACAGUGGGAUAGUUGCUCUUCACUCAGAGGAGUACGCGUCUGUUCCCUGUAAAGUGGCGGCACUGGUGCCCAGAGGAAAUGACCAGGGCCAGUUUAACGAGGAGAUGUUUGCCUCUCGUGGGGAGAUCAGCAGCAUGGCUCCGGCCACAGUGAUGGCCCUUGGAGCUGCUCAGUUGGCCCUGGAGGACGCAGGUUGGCACCCCAAAACCACGGAGGAGCAAGUCAACACCGGGGUGGCUGUUGGCAUGGGCAUGGUGUCGUUGGAGGAAAUCGCUCGCACCUCCCUCGCCUUCCGAGAAAAGGGCUACAAAAAAGUCAGCCCCUUCUUCGUGCCUCGCAUCCUCGUCAACAUGGCUGCGGGCCACAUAAGCAUCAGACACAAGCUGAAGGGUCCCAACCACGCGGUGUCCACGGCGUGCACCACGGGCGCACACGCCGUCGGCGACGCCGCCAGGUUCAUCGCCCACGGGGAUGCGGAGGCGAUGGUCACUGGGGGGACGGAAUCCUGCGUGGGGCCCCUGUCGGUCGCCGGCUUCGCCAGGGCCCGCGCCCUCGCCACCAAGUGGAACGACGACCCCGCGCGGGCGUCGAGGCCCUUUCACCCCGAGCGAGAGGGCUUCGUGAUGGGCGAGGGAGCGGCGGUGCUCCUCCUGGAGGAGAUGGGCCACGCGGUGGGAAGAGGAGCCAGGAUCUACGCAGAGAUCCUGGGUUACGGACUCUCCGGCGACGCCAGCCACAUCACUGCACCCACUGCAGAUGGAGAUGGUGCCUUCAGAUGCAUGUCCGCAGCCCUCAGAGAUGCCGGCGUCUCACCGGCGGCGGUGACGUACGUGAACGCUCACGCCACGUCGACGCCUUUGGGCGACGCGGCCGAAAACGCCGCCGUCAAGAGGCUCUUCCGGCAAACGGCGGAGAACCUGGCUGUCUCUUCCACCAAGGGAGCGACCGGACAUCUGCUGGGGGCCGCGGGGGCCCUGGAGGCCGCGUUCACCGCGUUGGCCUGUUACCACGGGGUCCUGCCCCCGACUCUCAACCUGGACCGGACCGAGCCGGACUUCGACCUGAACUACGUGCCCCUCGCGGCGCAGCCGUGGCACGUUCAGGGCCGCAGGGUCGCCCUCACAAACUCAUUCGGAUUCGGCGGCACCAACGCCUCGCUGUGCCUCGGCAGCGUCUGAUGACACACUUCACGCGUGUUCUUAGCAGACUUACAGAUGUGGUGUGUGUUAUAAAUUAUUAAAGGAAUAGUUUUAAGAAAUGCUCUUUGUAAUUUCCUCAAGUUGAAGAUGACCCCGACAACAGUCAAACACUAUCCAAUUAUAUCGAGCAAAGGAGAAAAUCUUGAACGAGAGAUCUUUUGUGGAUUUAGCUGGAAACUGCUUCUCUAAUUAUUUAGUUUUUCAGAAUAGAAAUAGUUGCUCAUUUCCGGUCCGGGAAUACUCGCUUAAUUGUUUUAUAACGCCACAAUCCAAGAAGGUUGAUAAUCACUGGCUUAAUAUUUUAUAUCCCCAACGGAUGUCAUAUUUUAUGUCUCUUUCAUGUAUAAUCUUAAUCUGAAAAGUGACUACUAGUACUAAUUAUAGCUGUCGAAGAUAUGUGGUGAAGUAAAAAGUAAAUUAUUUCCCAGUGGAGUAGAAUAAGCCUGUAUAACAAACAAAAGUACCUCAUAAUAUCACUUAUGUAUAGUUUAAUGAUAUCACUUAUGUAUAGUAUAAUAAUAUCACUUAUGUGUAGUAUAAUAAUAUCACUUCUGUAUAGUAUAAUAAUUUCACUUCCAUAAGUAUGAUCCAGUCCUAACAGUUUCGUUAAAUUCUGUUCAAAAUGAGCAUUUCACCACUGGACCUAGAAUAAAGACUUCACUCAGCA